AUGUGCCCCUGGAAAGUAGCCCACAGGGAAGACAACAAGCCCCGUGUGCUUUCCCAGCCGGCAAGACGCCCCGACGACAAAGCUAGCCUUGUCGCUCACCAGGGCAGCCUGUCUCUGAAAGAUCCAGGCGAAUAUGUUCUCCCAAAAAUGAGGUACUUCGGUCUUCCUGAAGAGCCAGGUCACGUACCAGAGCUAAUCUUCACCUCAAAGCCAAAUCCUGCUCAACGGAACCCAAUCCACAAAAGACAGCUUCCCAAGGACUCGCAGCCCCGCGAUUGGAUCCCUGCAGCGGCUAACAAGUACUGGUGGAAGAAUCCGGAGUGGCCUCCAAGGCCGAGGUCGGCUUACGAUCCUCGCCAGGACGAGGAGCUUGCGCAUGUCGGAUUCCAGGGCGGGCAUAAAUCCUUCUUGCAAGGUGACUUGUCGUGGAAAAGCGAAAUACCACACAAUCCGGGUCAGAAAUCUUGGCUUCUAGAUGACAACGCCUGCGAGGCAGACCCAUCUGCGCCGUACUGGAAGACAGUGCAGUACCUCGCACAGUGCCCUGAACUGCUUUCGGCCCGAUUUCAUGACCGCUCUGUAGACGAAGUCAUUAAGCACAAGCUCAUGGGCCCUGAAAAUUGGUCAGUAUGGGAGCACGGCAUUCAGGAAGCGUUCACGCAGCGCGGGAUGUGGGCUCUUGUUGCGGACGAGCUUCUGCCCGUGCCUCCGAGCAGCAGGUUCUACUCGCGAUGGAGGAUCCUCAACGACCAGGCUUGGUCAAUUCUCCUCCGUAACUGUUCUCGGGAGAUACAGAACAUUAUCUGUGACUUGGACGAAGGGCCCGGUGCGUACUUGGACGAAGGGCCCGGUGCGUCCUUGGCGUGGAACACGCUCAGGACCUGGUGCUACCUGAAGCAGACGUACGGCUCGGUUGCGGUUAGAGCCGCAUACUCUGCGCGAGGGAUCAAGGAGCUGUUCAGCUUCAAGCAUGACCCGGCCCAGCCUGUGGAAGUCUUUGUCGAGAAGGUGAUGAAAUGGGUGCAGGCGAGCGAGUGCAUUCGGCAAGACCAUGCGGAUGAUGAGUGGACCACUUGCCAGUUCAUUCUAGGUAAGCUGGACUCGAGUUGGGACACGUGGGUUUCGAAGUUCAUGAAGAAGGUUGAAUGCGGAAAUCCAGGUGCGAUUGCUUCGAUCCAAAGCGUUGAGCUGUUGCGGCAGGAUCUCAAGUCUGAAUAUUCGCGCCGUGAGUCUCAACGUGUGAGAGGUCGCGCUAAGCAGGUGGGUUCUAAGAAGCUGUUUAAAUCCCUUUUCCGGACCUGA